CUCAGUCUUGUCCUAUCAUAGACAGUACGUAACUGCAAACAAGAUGUUACGUAGAAACCACGCACAUUCCGUAAAUACUAACAACAAACAUGGCGGACGAUCACACGGACGCAGACCAAUCUAUGGAGGUGCACACUCCAACAGCUGAAAACCCCCAUUCUGAAUAUGGACUGACGGACAACAUCCAGAGAAUAGUGGAAAACGAGAAAGCCAACACAGAGAAGGUCUCCAAACAGAAGGUGGAUCUGCAGUCGCUCCCCACGAGGGCAUAUUUGGAUCAGACAGUGGUGCCCAUUCUUCUUCAAGGCUUAUCUGUGCUGGCCAAGGAAAGACCUGCAAAUCCUAUUGAAUUCUUAGCAGCCUUCCUUCUCAAGAACAAAUCACAGUUUGAAGAUCGAAAUUAAGCUCCAGACGGAUGGAAAUGUGCACUUUGAGCCCAUCUGUUUAAAAUCAAGGAAAUGGUGGUUUCUGUUUGCAGUUUUUUAAACCAGAAUAAAGAUGGUGCUGCAGGGAAAUAUGGUACUCUUUUAGGACAAAUGUCAGAGGUAAACUAAUAUAUACAAAAGACACCAACUACGUUGCACCUCAAGUUCCCUUGCAUCAUGGUCCCCUUCGGGGCAAAAUAUUCCAGAUUCAGUCCAUUUACCAAAAUGCUUACAAGAGGAAACAUUUGCAUUUUCAUAUUGCCAAAUGACACACGUAUCAUUCUAGUGCCAUGUUUUAUUCUGCCACUAGUUGAGCUACAGAGCUGGUGAUGAACCUCUUUGAUAAAAGGGUCAAUCUGAUGCCCCAAACUCCAUUCUAAUUAUCAUAAGAAAUACAACAAACAGGGAAGUUGGUGCUAAAUAACCCUGAACUGUAAUUUUUGAAUCACCCUUUCAUCCAUUGUUAGAUUUCUGCUCUUGGAAUUAAUUUAGCAGAUGUACCACUUUAUUGCACACCACAAUGAAAAAAAGUACAACAAAAAAAGAAAAUCCAUCGAGAACAUCAUUUAAGUGUAUUAAGAUAAAUAAAAUGUUACACCAUUA